GCCUAGGAAUGGAGACCAAGAGUUUGUAUUUCUAAGUUCUGACGUGAUACCUAUGCUGCUGACUCAGAGAACACAUUUUUGGAAGAAGAUGUAGAACAAGUCAAGGAGAGACCCAGAACCUAGCACUGAGGAACUCAUUUUUAAUUGGAUAGGAGGAACCUACAAAGAUGACUGACAAAGAAGUAGGAGGGACAAUCCUAUGCAUUAGGUUUACCUGACUGAGGCCGCGAAUGACUCAUGAGAGCAUUUUCAUGGAAUAGUGGGACAAAGGCCGAAUUGCAAGAAUUGCUGUGUAAAUAGAAGGAAUGAAGAAAAAGAGUACAAAAGCAUAUGAUUUCUGAGAAAGUUUUGCUAUAAAAGAGAAAAGAUAGAAGAUGUUUGAAUAUAUUUAAUGUCGAUGAAAAGAUGCCAGUAGAAAGGCUGAAAAAAAAAAAGAAGAUAUGGGAAAUAAUCGAUAGGCCAAGGUUCAAGAGGGGACAAGAAGAGAUAGGAUCCAGAUCCAGGUGACACUACAUAGACAGCCACCUUCUCCUUUUUUAUCAGAUGGGAAAGAGGAAAGGAUGAGUGCAGAUCAACACAGUUACACCAAGUUGCUGACCUCUUUAUGACUGCUGUAGAAAGUAAACUUCUUUCACUAUAUGGAUAUUUGCCAGUAAGGAAGGAAAAGUAACAGAGAUUAGAGAAGGCAACAGAAAAGGGGGAGUAAAGGCGUUUGCAAUGGCUGCUACUGUGAACUUGGAACUUGAUCCCAUUUUUUUGAAAGCACUAGGUUUCUUGCAUUCAAAGAGUAAAGAUUCUGCUGAAAAGCUAAAAGCACUGCUUGAUGAAUCUUUGGCUCGGGGCAUUGAUUCCAGUUACCGUACAUCUCAAAAGGAUGUGGAGCCACCCAAAAUUUCAAGCACAAAAAACAUUUCCAUUAAGCAAGAGCCCAAAAUAUCAUCCAGUCUUCCUUCUGGUAAUAAUAAUGGCAAGGUCCUCACAACUGAAAAAGUAAAGAAGGAAGCUGAAAAGAGACCUGCUGAUAAAAUGAAAUCAGACAUCACUGAAGGAGUUGAUAUUCCAAAGAAACCUAGAUUGGAGAAACCAGAAACACAGUCAUCUCCCAUUACUGUCCAAAGUAGCAAGGAUUUACCUAUGGCUGACCUUUCCAGUUUUGAGGAGACCAGUGCUGAUGAUUUUGCCAUGGAGAUGGGAUUGGCCUGCGUUGUUUGUAGGCAAAUGAUGGUGGCAUCUGGCAAUCAAUUAGUAGAAUGUCAGGAGUGCCAUAAUCUCUACCACCGAGAUUGUCAUAAACCCCAGGUGACAGACAAGGAAGCGAAUGACCCUCGCCUGGUGUGGUAUUGUGCCCGAUGUACCAGACAAAUGAAAAGAAUGGCUCAAAAAACUCAGAAACCACCGCAGAAACCAGCCCCUGCAGUUGUUUCUGUAACUCCAGCUGUCAAAGAUCCAUUGGUUAAGAAACCAGAAACUAAACUGAAACAAGAGACAACUUUUCUAGCGUUUAAGAGAACAGAAGUCAAGACAUCCACAGUUAUUUCAGGAAAUUCUUCUAAUGCCAGCGUUUCCUCGUCAGUAACUAGUGGCUUAACUGGAUGGGCAGCUUUUGCAGCCAAAACUUCCUCUGCUGGUCCCUCAACAGCAAAAUUGAGUUCAACAACACAAAACAAUACUGGGAAACCUGCUACUUCGUCAGCUAACCAGAAACCUGUGGGUUUGACUGGUCUGGCAACAUCAUCCAAAGGUGGAAUAGGUUCCAAAAUAGGUUCCAAUAACAGCACUACGCCCACUGUACCUUUAAAACCACCUCCACCUCUAACCUUGGGUAAAACUGGCCUUAGUCGCUCAGUUAGUUGUGACAAUGUCAGCAAAGUAGGUCUUCCUAGUCCAAGUAGUUUAGUUCCAGGAAGCAGCAGCCAACUAAGUGGGAAUGGAAAUAGUGGAACAUCAGGACCUAGUGGAAGUACUACUAGCAAAACUACUUCAGAAUCCAGCAGCUCUCCCUCAGCAUCCCUUAAAGGCCCAACUUCACAAGAAUCACAGCUCAAUGCUAUGAAGCGAUUACAGAUGGUCAAGAAGAAAGCUGCCCAAAAGAAACUCAAGAAGUAAUGUGGCCAAGUAGGUUUUUGUAUCAUAUUAGCCUAAAGAUGAAAGGCUUAUUAUUAUGAUAUAAUCUGUAAUACACUGUAAUUUAAUAAAAGUCUUCAUAAUCAAA